CUGUCAAAUUCUGACAAACUGUUGUUUGCUAUUUUCCUGCGAAUAAUCUUUUUCUGUUUAUCGGCGUUACCAAUCCGUAACUAAGCUUUUCGCUCGAAGAACCUUGCUCAUUCAAGAUUCCGGCGAUACGCAACUAAAGGCAUCUUCAUGAGUUCGCAUACCUGACGAAAGCAUAAAGUCCCAACCAAGAUGGACCGCGGCAAGAUGACGUCUGCGGGCCGCGGCGCCAAGUCCAAGGCGCCGCAGCAUCCGCAGGACAUCUUCGCGCUGGGCAGCAAGUCCACCGUGGUCGUUAACAGGGACUCUGAAAAACGGAACAUCCACAAACCCUCUACCAGCGGUGUUGAACGCAAGCGUGAGACCGCUGGUUUUGGCAGCCAACCACCAAGCAAGAGAGCGAGGAUCGGAUCUCCUGCAGAGGCUGUCGGAGGGACCUCCCUGGAAGUCGACCCUGUGGACCUGGUGCCUAAUGUGCUACAGGCCCUGGACACACACAACUCUGACAAACUGCUUGGCCUCCUGACUGGAUCGAUUCGUCUACUGAAAUCCCAGCGCUCUAAACCGGACCCGAUUCUCUGCAUGAGUAUGCUCUACCUAACCAAAAUACGUCCCAACAUGUUUGCCCAUGAGACCGUCACUCAGAGCUUGUGUACACUCCUGAAGAGAGAGCAAGGAGCGGCUUUCAAGAGCAAGGGGAACCCGCUGGUGUUUGUGCUGGCUUGCAAUAUGCUGUACGCAGGGCACAAAGAGAGUAACAACUGGCCAGAUACGUUUAUAAAGGUGUAUAUUGAAGAUGCUCUAAAUGAGCGCUGGUGGGUAGAAUGUUCCUGGUGCAAGUGUUUGGUUGAAAACAUCGUCACCGCAUUCAACACGAAGCACCCGCCUCCGUACCUCAUACCAUCUGAAAACACACUUGGUACAAUGUCACCUUCUGGCUCUGGUUCUCCGUUGAUGGGCAGCACUGAUGAUGACACUGAUAAUACCGAACUAGAGUAUUCCGUAUUUCCGAGAUAUUCCAGUAGCUAUGAAACAGUGGAGGCGUUGGUGCUGGAAGCCAUCAAGGAGCAGAUAAUCCGGCGCGCAGCCCCUGAUGCCAUCCAUCGCGGGUUCCUCAAACUCCUGGCUGCUACUUGCGGUUUUCCGGAGAUCCGCAUGAUAUCCGCAUCCCGGCUGGAAGCGUGGCUGCACUCGGGCAAGCUGUGGCGCUGCGCCCAGGAGCUUCUGGCCUACGUGUGCUGCAACGCCGACGCCUGCGGGCCCACCGCGGCCCGCGACCACGAGGUGCUGGCGCAGCUGGCGCGCAUGCGGCUCAAGACCAAGCCGCUGCAGGCCGCCUACCAGGCCUGCCUGAGGGAGAUGGUGUCAGACAGUCCCGCGCUGCUGCGUAGCGUAGUGACGCACACGAUCUACAACGAGCUGUCCAACGUGCGCUCGCCCAACAACAUGGCCGUGCUCGCUGCGCUCAUCCAGGCGCAGCCGCAACUGGUGCCCGCCGCCAUGGCUGACACCUACCACGAGUUGUUGCUAAGGCCAGAAGACUAUCUGCGGCCGCUGCGAGCGCUGACGAGGGAAUGUGUGAGAGCAGCAAGAGCAGAUGCGCAAGCGCUGCUACCGCUUGCGAGGGCGUUGGCGCAGCCGCCGCCGCAUGAGCCCGCCGCUGAGCCUAAGGGUUACGACACCUACCACGAAUUACUGCUGCGGCCAGAAGAUUAUCUGCGGCCGCUGCGAGCGCUGACGAGGGAAUGCGUGAGGGCCGCAAGAGCUGAUGCGCAAGCGCUGCUGCCGCUUGCGAGGGCGCUGGCGCAGCCGCCGCCGCAUGAGCCCGCCGCUGAGGCGCAGCCGCAGCUGGUGCCCGCUGCUAUGGCUGACACCUACCACGAAUUAUUGUUAAGGCCAGAGGAUUAUCUGCGGCCGCUGCGAGCGCUGACGAGGGAAUGUGUGAGGGCGGCAAGAGCCGAUGCGCAAGCGCUGCUGCCGCUUGCAAGAGCGUUGGCGCAGCCGCCGCCGCAUGAACCGGCUGCUGAGCCUAAAGGUUACGACAUCUACCACGAGCUGCUGCUAAGGCCUGAAGACUAUCUUCGGCCGCUGCGAGCGCUGACGAGGGAGUCGCCCAACAACAUGGCCGUGCUCGCCGCGCUCAUCCAGGCGCAGCCGCAGCUGGUGCCCGCUGCUAUGGCUGACACCUACCACGAAUUAUUGUUAAGGCCAGAGGAUUAUCUGCGGCCGCUGCGAGCGCUGACGAGGGAAUGUGUGAGAGCAGCAAGAGCCGAUGCGCAAGCGCUGCUGCCGCUUGCGAGGGCGUUGGCGCAGCCGCCGCCGCAUGAGCCCGCCGCUGAGGUGCGCGAGCGCGCGUUCACAUCCCUGGCGGACCUGUUCUGCUGCUGCUGCCUGGUGACGGGCUCGCACAGCAAGCACGUGCCCGAGUUCCGCGCACAGCUCAGCGCCAUCCAGGGCGCCGCGCUCGGCUGGCUGCUCGACACCGCCGUGCCCGUCUACCGGCCCUCGCGCCACGACUUCCAGCUGGCGCUCAACAAGAUAAUGUUCGUGGAGAGCGCGGAGGCGUACAGCAAGGCGGACAACUGGCCGCCGGAGUGCGAGCGCGCGCUGGCGCACCGCGUGUGCUGCGAGGCGCCGCUGCCGCAGCACAACCUGCUGCGCAUCAUCUUCAUCGGGCUGUCCAAGGACAUUCCAGUGGCUCCGGCCGAAGCCCUAGAACUAGUAGAGCAGUUGGUACGAAGAGCCUGCGCCCUGCCGCCUGAAGACAACCCGCUGCACGUGGACAAGCUCGAGCUGGCCGAAUAUGUGUUCCAGCUGUGCCAGUUCUCCCCGCCAGAGAACAUCACGCUGCCUGCCGGGUACACGCCUCCCGCGCUGGCCAUCACAUCGCUGUACUGGCGCGGCUGGGUGCUGCUGGCGAUGCUGGCGGCACACAACCCGCAGUCCUUCGCCGAGCGAGCCGCCGCCACCUACCCCACGCUGCGAGCGCUCAUCGAGACGUGCAUCACCGGAAAACCGAGCAUAGAGUGGAACACCAACCCAGCGGCAGAGGCGGAGCGAGCGGAGGCCGAGCGUGCCGCCAUCCUGCAGCUGGAGACACACUUGGCGGCCGCUUCUAACGCCAAGCUGCCGCUCACUGAACACUCCUCGCGUCUGCUUAGCCAGCUCACAACCAUGGACCCGCUGGGCCCGGCGCGCAAGCCACCAGCCGGCGUGCUGGAGACGCUGCAAGCGCUGAGCGGACAGCUGCGCCUCGGCCGCCUGCUGGGCCGCCAGCCCGCGCUGCUGCUCGAGCUGGUGGAGCGCCACGGCACGCGCCGCGCCAUGCCCUGGCUGCACCAGCUGCUGCGCCACGACCGCCUGGAGCUGAGCACGGGCCGCCUGCUGGGCCGCCAGCCCGCGCUGCUGCUCGAGCUGGUGGAGCGCCACGGCACGCGCCGCGCCAUGCCCUGGCUGCACCAGCUGCUGCGCCACGACCGCCUGGAGCUGAGCACGGGCCGCCUGCUGGGCCGCCAGCCCGCGCUGCUGCUCGAGCUGGUGGAGCGCCACGGCACGCGCCGCGCCAUGCCCUGGCUGCACCAGCUGCUGCGCCACGACCGCCUGGAGCUGAGCGUCCUACCAGUGCAGUGUCUCUGCGAGUUUCUCUCCGCGGGGGGAGGCGCUGGCGGGGCGGGAGAGGCAGGGAAAGCUGGAGAACUAUGCGCGCAUCUGCGACGCACAGUGGCGGACAGCGAGGCGGGCGCGCGCGCUGUGCUGCACUACUACCUACAGCGCUUGGCACACCCGCACGCGCCCACUAGGGCUUCGGCUUCCAGGGGGUUAAAAUUGGUGCUUACACAAUCGACAGAUGAAUCGAUCGAAAUGGACUACAACGCUGACGUCAGCCCAGACGAAUGGCUGGGCCUUCUGUGGGAGCUUCGCCACUGGAACGCGGUCCGAGCAGAAGUGGUGGUCCGAAUCCGCGCCGCGUGCCUGGCGGAGUGCGUGCCGCGCUACGUGGCGGCGUACUUCGGCUUCCUGGCGCGCCACCACCAGGCCGGCCCGCCGCGGCCCGCCACCGACCUGGUGCUGGUGAGUGAUGGCAGCCGGUCACGGACCGCGGUCCGAGCAGUAGUGGUCCGCAUCCGCGCCGCGUGCCUGGCGGAGUGCGUGCCGCGCUACGUGGCGGCGUACUUCGGCUUCCUGGCGCGCCACCACCAGGCCGGCCCGCCGCGGCCCGCCACCGACCUGGUGCUGGUGAGUGAUGGCAGCCGGUCACGGACCGCGGUCCGAGCAGUAGUGGUCCGCAUCCGCGCCGCGUGCCUGGCGGAGUGCGUGCCGCGCUACGUGGCGGCGUACUUCGGCUUCCUGGCGCGCCACCACCAGGCCGGCCCGCCGCGGCCCGCCACCGACCUGGUGCUGGUGAGUGAUGGCAGCCGGUCACGGACCGCGGUCCGAGCAGUAGUGGUCCGCAUCCGCGCCGCGUGCCUGGCGGAGUGCGUGCCGCGCUACGUGGCGGCGUACUUCGGCUUCCUGGCGCGCCACCACCAGGCCGGCCCGCCGCGGCCCGCCACCGACCUGGUGCUGGUGAGUGAUGGCAGCCGGUCACGGACCGCGGUCCGAGCAGUAGUGGUCCGCAUCCGCGCCGCGUGCCUGGCGGAGUGCGUGCCGCGCUACGUGGCGGCGUACUUCGGCUUCCUGGCGCGCCACCACCAGGCCGGCCCGCCGCGGCCCGCCACCGACCUGGUGCUGGUGAGUGAUGGCAGCCGGUCACGGACCGCGGUCCGAGCAGUAGUGGUCCGCAUCCGCGCCGCGUGCCUGGCGGAGUGCGUGCCGCGCUACGUGGCGGCGUACUUCGGCUUCCUGGCGCGCCACCACCAGGCCGGCCCGCCGCGGCCCGCCACCGACCUGGUGCUGGACCUCAGCCAAGUGCUGAUGGAGCGCACGACGGUGAUGCAGGCCGUGCUGCCGCCGGCCGAGCAGCGCGAGCCCGCGCCCGCGCCGCAGCGCGCGCAACAUCGUGCCUUGCACGCGCUCACCGCCAUACUGCACGCGCAUAUGCGCGCGGUCCGCGCCCUCAAGGACGACCCUCAAGACGAGGACAGCCAGGAGGCCGAGGGCGAAGCGCCGGCCGGAGCAGAGAGCGCGUGGAGCGGCGGCCCGCGUCUCAUGCUGCAGUGGGGGAACGGGUCUACGUCUACCAUACACGUGCUCAUUGCGCAGGCUAAUUUGAAGCUGCUUUGCUAUGGACCAUCUAUUUACGACACGAACCAAGAGAUGUACUCCUGGUUACUAGCCACCUGGUUCGGCAGCGACGCGCCCAGCGCCGUAGCCUUACUCCCGGGCGCCGCGGGGGUGGCGGGGGCGGCGGGGGUGGCGGCGGCUGAAGAGGCGCUGUUGCCUGACUGGCUGCGCCUGCACCUGGUGCGGUCUGCCAGGCCGGCGCUACUGGAAGCGGGCCUGAGAGGCAUGCCGGCGCAUAAGCUGGCGCUGUUUAUACAGACGUUUGGCAUGCCCGUGCAAGCUAUGUCGUGAUUGAUCAGGAGAAAGCAGAUGAAAGUUGAACUUGCCUAG